AAAUUUCGGAUACUUCACUCAAUAUUGUUAUUCUUUCUUGAGCUAGCCAUCGAGGACACUCGAACCUACAAUCCGUAUUCUCUUACAAUUAAUUAGUCAUGUUCGAUCCAUUCCAAGAUUAUUUUGGACUUAGUGGGCUACUUUCUAAUUGUAGACUCAAUGGAGAUUUCAGAAACUCUGUCUCUAGUCGUCAUUUGCACAACGAUGAUUUCAACUCUAAUGGAGUCGAAGUCGAUGUUCCUGUCUUUACGAACCCGAGCGAUCUCAACAACAACGUCAUAUCUGGCCUCCCCGUCUCAACUGCUAAUAAUACAGCUUACUGUGGAUUUCUACCACUGAACGUCGACAUUACUGAACUUUCGAAAGUGAUGAGAGGAGCGGGUCGACGCUCUAAUAACGGUAGAGGUGGAGCAACGGGUACGGGGGCCCGGCCGCCUAGCUGGUGUGUGUUCUGCAAGAAUAAUGGGGAAAGCGAGAUGGUGUACGCCAGCCACAAGUUGAAGUCCGAGGAUGGCAUCACUACGUGUCCGAUAUUAAGAGCUUACACCUGUCCGCUCUGCGGCACCAACGGAGAUCGCGCACACACAAUCAAAUACUGCCCCGUCAACAAGGCGAAGGAGGAUGUAGUCGGACCAGGUACCAUCGGACAGACGUCGCAAUAUCGUACGCCACGCACAUCAACAGGUCGAAGACGAACCUCCAGCAUUAGUAAUGCCAGCACCAGCGGCUUCAUUGGAGGGAACUAGAACUAGUUUUUACUUUCGCCACCUCGGUCACGAUGGAUAUUGUAACUUCUGGACAUCACGUCAGAUUUGUUUCAACCAUCUUUGGAAGGUCAGAGAUUGAUUGAAAUUCAGUUUUUUAAUCCUGGAUCUUGCCAGCGGAUUUUUUUUUGGUUAUGUAAACCUGUAAUACUGUAUCAAGAAACGUAUCUCGUCUGACGCCAUGAACUUUGAUUGGAGUGGAUUGUGUUCACAUUGUUUAUUAUAAUGGUCUGCUUGUGUCAUGCUAUUGUGCCUUAUUUUUCAUUUUUUUAAAGACAGUGAAUAAUUUACCAUGUCAUCAGUCAUUUUCCUAAUCCUAAUUUAUGCUCAAAUGUCGAAAGUCAUGAAAGUCGACUCCAGUGCUGACAUUGAUAGUUAUUUUAGCUGGACUUUUAUAGACUCUUUAAUUGAAAUGUAAUUUUGUUCUUAAGGUUAUUAUUUUACAAGUAUGAGAAGUCUUUUUUUUUUAAUGGAAAUGGCUUUUUUUACCUAUUGAAUGUAUUUAAUUAAGGAGUGAGCUUUCAUUGACAUGGGCCAUGCCAUUUCUUCGUUUUAAUCCAAAAUACUUGGUACUUAGUCGAUAUUAAUGGCUGCAAGUUUAUGCAGAUAUUUCUUAUGCAAUUAUGAGAAGAAUUUUUAAGUAGCUUAUGUAUUUAAAAUGGAAUUUCAAUUCAUUUAUUUGAACUUUUUUAUUAUGUAUAUUUUUAGACCAAUAUAACAAUUUACCAUGUUAAAUGACAAAUUAUGUAUUGUGAUUAUAUUGAUCAGAUUAAAAGACAGUGACUGAUAAUUUUUAUGAUGUACAAACAUUUUAAGAUGGAUGUCGUUGAGAUUUUGGUGCACAACAUCAUUUUUAGUAAGUUGACUUGUACAUUUUACGAGCAAGCUUAUACCCCUGCACUGCAGUCAUGGUAGUAGUAAGAGACUUGUCAUGUAAAGGAAAGUUCUAUAAUCAUGAUAAUGGAUUUUCUUUUAAUCUUUUUUUGUAAGCAACUUGCCAUUUUUAUUUAUACAUGCCUUCUUUUAUGUUAGACUGAAUAGUGGUUAAGGAUGAACCUCGAUUUACUUUUAUCUGUCAUUGUUUCCAAGUGGGAAGUCAGAAAGUACUGAAUAUGUUUUAAUAAUAAUAGUACAGAGGUACUUCAUUGUUUUUGUAA